CUUUGUUUUUGAUAACAUUAAGGAUAAAGCUGAGCCAACCAUAUCAAAUUCACCGUGAGAACAAUGGCAGUGGGAGUAAUGGCAAGAGACCCGGAUUAUGGAGCUUUCGUCGAAAAAUUUAUUCUCCAGCCGGUCCCUUCACCUCAUCCACUUCCUUUAAGUGGCCUCACUUUUGCAAUCAAAGACAUAUUUGAUGUGGAGGGUUAUGUAACUGGAUUUGGACAUCCUGAAUGGGCAAGGACUCAUUCAGCAGCCACCUCAACGGCUCCAGCUGUUUUGGCUGUCUUGAGGGGAGGUGCCACAUGUAUUGGUAAAACUGUCAUGGAUGAAAUGGCAUGCAGCCUAUAUGGAGAAAAUAUACAUUAUGGAACACCCAAAAAUCCAUGUGCACCUGAUCGGAUACCUGGAGGAUCUUCUAGUGGAUCAGCUGUUGCAGUAGCUGCAAAGCUUGUAGAUUUUUCCUUGGGAACUGACACUGGAGGAAGUGUAAGAGUACCUGCAUCAUAUUGUGGAAUUUAUGGGUUUCGGCCAUCAAUUGGUGCUGUUUCUACUGCUGGAGUAACUCCUAUGUCACAGUUUUUCGAUACUGUGGGAUGGUUUGCUAGGGAUCCUACAAUCUUGAAGCAGGUUGGCCUUGUUCUGCUGGAGUCAUCCAGUACGCAUCCUGUCAAACCUAGUCAGGUGAUUGUUGCUGAAGAUUGUGUACAGCUUUCAAGCAUUCCAAGAGAUCGGACAAUUCAAGUUCUUCUUAAAGCAGUGGAGAGACUAUUUGGGGGUAGGUGUUUUAAGAAUGUAAUUUUGGGGGACUAUGUCAAGGACAAAGUUCCAAGUUUGAAGAAUUUCAUAAGGGAAGAAAAUAAUGAUCAAGAGAUACCAUCCUUAGCAGCUCUUUCAAGAGCCAUGAGGUUGCUACAAAGGUAUGAAAUCAAGAAGAACCAUGGCGAUUGGAUAACUACAGUGAAACCUGAAUUUGGUCCAGGAAUAUAUGAACAGGUAUGGGAAGCGAUGAGAAAAUCAGCAGAUAACACUGAUGCUUGUCAAUCUAUGAGGGUGGAAUUACGUGCUGCUCUUACUGCUCUUCUUGCGGAUAGCAGUGUCUUUGUUUACCCUACAGUUCGAGGUCCUCCACCAAAACUACAAAUGGAUGCAGCUGCAUUUGAAGUUGAUGUAGCCAAGGCUUACAGCUUGCUUGCCAUUGCUGGAGUAUCAGGAUUCUGUCAGGUGAACAUCCCACUAGGGAUGUAUGACAAUCUUCCUGUGUCAGUUUCCUUGGUGGCAAAACAUGGUUCGGACGGAUUCUUACUCAACCUUGUUGAGACUCUUCACGACACCCUCAAAGAAGAGAUUCAGGCUGCCGAAGGAACAAGUUACUAAACAAAACAGGCUAUUUCCAAUAAUUAUCUGUGUCAUAGAGGUUGUAUAAAAAUAAUGCAGAUGUUGAAAGUAUUACUAAAUGGACUUGCUCAGGGGCCAGCAUUCUCUCCACUUCCAACACCAUUUCAGGGGAACAUAUACGUUUCUUAUAUGAGAAAAAUAGUUGGAAAUUAAGAUCUUAGAGCCAUUAGUCCCUGUUUCUGCUCUUUUGUAUGUAAAUAGUAAUGUCAAAGAUGGAAGAAGAUAUCCACUUUAUAUUGAUUAUGAAGGUAUCGAUAAGAAUUUCAUUGAAAAGAA